CACGUGGGCGUUUGGUGUUCAAAACUGUGAGUGGCUGGGUUAUGUGAUGUCUUUGGCAUCAGGGUCGGCUUUACCCCAGCUCUGAGAGUGGGCUCAGCCAUGCGCCCAGGCCUCCGGGACAGAUGCUGUUUCUGGGCGUGGGGGCUCUUUCUGUGGUUCAGCGUUGGAAGUGCAGGAGACACACCUCCUACCGAACAGCCAAAGUGCACUGACUUCCAGAAUGCCAGCCCCUUCCGAGGCACCAAUCUCAAAGUCCAGUUCCUCCUCUUCACCCCUUCAGAUCCUCACUGUGGGAACCUAGUUGAAGAAAAUAGUGACCUUCAAAACUCUGGAUUCAAUGUCACUCUGGGAACCAAACUAAUAAUCCAUGGAUUCAGGGCUUUAGGAACAAAGCCUUCCUGGAUUGAGAAGCUCAUCGGGGCCCUUCUGAGGUCAGCAGACGCUAACGUGAUUGCCGUGGAUUGGGUGUACGGCUCCACAGGUGCCUACUUCUCGGCCGUGGAAAAUGUGGUUAAGCUGGGACUCAAGAUCUCCAGUUUCCUCAGUAAACUCCUGGUGCUGGGUGUGUCAGAGUCCUCCAUCCACAUCAUUGGUGUGAGCCUGGGGGCCCACGUUGGGGGCAUGGUGGGACAUUUCUACAAAGGCCAGUUGGGAUGGAUCACAGGCCUGGACCCUGCUGGACCAGAGUAUACCAGAGCCAGCCUGGAGGAGCGCCUGGAUGCUGGAGAUGCCCUCUUCGUGGAAGCCAUCCACACAGACACCGACAACUUGGGUAUUCGGAUUCCUGUUGGACAUGUGGACUACUUUGUCAACGGAGGCCAAGACCAACCUGGGUGUCCCACCUUCAUUCAUGCAGGCUAUAGUUAUCUGAUUUGUGAUCAUAUGAGGGCUGUGGACCUCUACAUCAGCGCCCUGGAGAAUCUCUGUCCUCUGAUGGCCUUUCCCUGUGCUAGCUACAAGGCCUUCCUUGCUGGACACUGUCUGGAUUGUUUUAAUCCUUUUCUGCUUUCCUGUCCAAGGAUCGGGCUGGUGGAACAAGGUGGUGUCAAGAUAGAGCCACUUCCCAAGGAAGUGAAAGUCUACCUCCUGACCACUUCCAGGGCUCCGUACUGUGCGCAUCACACCCUUGUGGAGUUUAACUUGCUAGAGCCAAGAAACAAGGAUACCCAUAUCGUGGUCACCUUCUUUAGCAGCAAUGCCACCUCCUCAGGCAAGAUCACCAUACCGAAACAGAAACUUCAGGGGAGAGGAGUCCUAGCUCACCCCACUCCUCAGUGCCAGAUACACCAAGUGAAUCUCAAGUUUCAGGCUUCUCGCCGGUUUUGGAGCAAGGACCGGACUAUCAUUGUUGGGAAAUUCUGCAUUGCUCCUUUGCCUGUCAAUGACAAUGCCUUCAUUUCUGUGUGUUACCAGUCCUCUCAACUAUAAACACUCAGCCCUCUGGAUUUGGACUUGAAACUCAAUCCACCCCAACCUCAAGAUCACUUCCUGUGACUCUCAACCUAGGGUUAAAUUUAGAAGCUGUCCUCUGCUAUAUUUCUUAUCUGGAAAGUACGGGAAAAUGGGUAAAACUGGAGACAAGCAUUCACAAAACCAGAAUGUUCAUUCAUUCAUUCAUUCAUUCAUUCAGCAAACCUUUAUUGUAAGCCCACUAUGUGCCAGGCACUAAUCUGAAGGCAGUCCUCUAAAUAUCAACUACAAUGUAUUAAAUGAUUACUAUGUGUCAAGCGUGGUUUUAAGUGCUUUAGCAUAUAUGUAUAUUGACUGAAUUCUCACCGAAAAACAUAUGAGAAAGGUUCUUUUCUUAUUGCCAUUUUACAUACGAACAAGCUGAGGUGCUGGGCAGUUAAGUAACUAGUCAAUGAAUGACACAAAGCUAAGGGGCAAGGUGGAAAUUUGAACCCAGGUAGUCUAGCUCCAGAGGUUUGUACUCUUAAUCCCAUACUAUGUUGACGGAGAAUCCUAACCCCAUGUCUACUUAUGUCACCCCCACCUCCUUUUUUAAAAACUUAAUUUAACACACAAUACUUGGUAAAGUGUCUGUCCAGGUGCCAGGUGCUGAGAAUGCAAAUACAAUUAAGACAGUAGGACUAUGUCUUCAGAACCUCACACGUUAGUAGGCAAAUACUAAAAAGAGCUACUAGGGAUAUAAUGAUCAACA